GUUCCCGCCCCCUUACACACCGCAUCACGUGACCCUGCGCUAAAGCCCUGUGACUGUUCCAGUGACAACACCAGAGGCGGCUGAGGCUGUGCUGAAGACAAGAUGUCGGGCAAGGACAGGAUCGAGGUGUUCCCCUCCCGGAUGGCUCAGACCAUCAUGAAAGCUCGUUUGAAAGGCGCCCAAACAGGACGCAACCUGCUGAAGAAAAAGUCUGAUGCCUUAACCAUGCGCUUCCGACAGAUCCUCAAGAAAAUUAUAGAGACCAAGAUGCUUAUGGGGGAGGUGAUGAGGGAAGCUGCCUUCUCACUCGCUGAAGCCAAAUUCACUGCAGGAGAUUUCAGUACAACGAUUAUCCAGAAUGUGAAUAAAGCCCAAGUUAAAGUGAGAGCCAAGAAGGACAACGUGGCAGGUGUGACCUUACCUGUGUUUGAGCAUUACCAAGAAGGAGGAGAUAGUUAUGAAUUAACGGGUCUUGCGAGAGGUGGAGAACAGCUCGCUAAACUGAAGAGGAACUAUGCGAAGGCUGUGGAGCUGCUGGUAGAACUGGCCUCCUUGCAGACUUCAUUUGUCACUUUGGAUGAAGCCAUCAAAAUCACGAACCGACGUGUUAACGCCAUAGAACAUGUCAUUAUACCUAAGAUUGAGCGCACCUUGUCCUAUAUCAUUACUGAGCUCGAUGAGCGUGAAAGAGAAGAGUUCUACAGAUUGAAAAAGAUUCAAGAGAAGAAGAAAAUUAUCAAAGAAAAGGCAGAGAAGGAGCGUGCGAAGUGGGAGGACUCCAGGACCUCGGAGCCGGCCAACCUCCUGGCUGAAGAUCGAGAUGAAGACCUGCUCUUCGACUAGUCCGCUUGGAACAGAACCCACUGUAUAAUAUGAAUGACCUCAAUCCCAGGGGUUGUAACUGUAAGAACAUGCUUGGUGCCACCUUCAUACAUGGCACUGGGAGCAGCCAGGCCCUACAGUACAAUGUUAGGUAACCCAAGACCCCAUUCUCUCAGCCGUCCCUAAACCGUGGUGAAGCCUGCAUGACCGUUAAGUUAUUGUGCGUGAUUGUCCCUGCCAUGACAGUAAAAGUGCAGUCGUGUCCA